AUGAUCUUCGAGCUAAAGAAAGAUCCAGCUGUUAAGAGCCUGGAUUACCGGGAACUCAUCGCGAAAUCCCUGGGCAGCGAUGCAAAUGUCAGGGCUCUUUCACAGGAGGCGGUGAUCGAGUGCAGGGAUCUGGAUGCGGUCACGACAGAAGAGGAACUGAGAUUUGCCCUAACCGAGCAGUGUAAGCUGGAUGUUCCGGUGCAAAUUCGGUUAAGGAAAGCGUUUGGAGGCACCCAGACGGCGGCGAUUCGCUUACCGGUUGACGCUGCAAACAAGCUGGUGGAGAUCGGCAAGAUAAAAGUCGGCGAAAUUCUAUCACUAACCAAGGCCAACGAAUGGAAAUACGUACCGUCAAAACUCAACGUGAUCGAUGAUGCAACAAAAUGGAAAGGCAAUCCGGAUUUCACCAAGGAAGGUGUUUGGUUCAGCGGGCCGAAGUUUCUUUGUCAAACUGAAUCAGCAUGGCCAGUUCAGCCGAAGACGAAGGAAACUACAGAAGAACAGAUGGGUCAUCUACUUCAUCACCUAGAAGAAUCGUCCGAUACUGUCAUCGAUGUGAACCGAUUUUCAAGUUGGCAUCGUCUACUCCGGACGGCUGGAUUUGUUUGUAGGGCAGUCAAUAAGUGGAAGAACUUCAGAACAGAAGACCGAUCGCAAGCCUGGUUGUCUUCUAAGGAAUUCGUGGAAGCAGAGAAUCUUCUAUUGAAGCAAGUCCAGAAGGAAGCAUUUGCGGUGGAAUAUCGUCUACUGGAGACAAGCAGUGACGGCACAAUCAAGCCAAUUGUGAACAAAGCCAGUUUGCUGUAUAAGUUGUCUCCAUUCUUGGACCAAGCCGGAGUUAUACGGAUGGGAAGCCGAAUUGGAGCUGCUCCCUUUGUUCCAUACGAAGCGAAAUAUCCCAUCAUUUUGCCGAAAAAUCACAAAGUGACACGUCUUCUCACAGAUAGCCAUCACCGCCGUUUACUGCACGCCAAUAACGAAACGGUGGUGAAUGACAUGAGGCAGCGAUACUAUAUUCCAGCACUACGUCGCAUUGUGAGAAAGGUGGUAUCCGAAUGUCAGUACUGUAAAAAUUUGAAAGCUGUUCCUCAAGUUCCGCUAAUGGCGCCUUUACCAAGAGCACGACUAACUGCUUUUGUGAAGCCCUUUGCGUACAUUGGGGUCGACUAUUUUGGCCCUAUGUUAGUCACGGUAGGACGGAAGCAAGUUAAGCGCUGGAUUGCCUUAUUCACGUGUUUGAGCAUAAGAGCAGUCCAUAUGGAGGUGGUACAUAAUUUAUCGACCAGUUCGUGUAUCAAGGCUUUUCGACGAUUCGUGGCUCGACGCGGAGCACCUCUCGAGGUGUAUAGCGACAACGGUACCUGUUUUGUUGGCGCGAACAGACAACUUCGGAAGGAGAUACGGAUGAUCAACGAAGGUUGCGCAGGAACAUUCACGAACGCCCGGACGAAAUGGGUAUUUAACCCACCCGCAGCACCACACAUGGGUGGACUGUGGGAAAGAAUGGUGCGAUCGGUUAAAACUGCUAUGCAGGCCAUUGGAUCGAGUCAACGCCAUCCAAAUGAGGAGACCUUCGAAACUAUUGUCCUGGAGGCCGAAUCAGUGGUCAAUUCACGGCCCCUGACCUACAUUGCACUUGAAUCAUCCGACCAGGAGGCGCUUACACCAAGCCAUUUUCUUCUAUAUGGUACGCAGGGAGUUAUCCAACCAUCAGUUCAGCCGUUGCAGUAUAGUUGCGCCCUCAGAGAUAGUUGGACGUUGGCUCAGUGGACGAUUGACGAAUUUUGGCGUCGAUGGAUACGGGAAUAUCUACCGGUAUUGACAAGGCGGUCCAAGUGGUUCGAGCGGGUGAAGCCGAUUCAAGUGGACGAUACGGUGAUUGUGGUAGAUGGCAAUUCAGCGAGAAACGAAUGGUUGAAGGGAAAAAUAGUUGAGAUUUUCGUUGCUCCAGAUGGACAAGUGCGGAAAGCAAAGAUUCAAACCACCAAGGGAAUCCUCUUGAGACCGGCAGCUAAGAUAGCAGUAUUAGACGUUCGAGCACUGCACAGUCGCUACUCCCUUGCGCCGAAUAGUGGCCGUAAGCUUCGACCUCCGCCGACCCGGCUUGUUGGGCCCUCGACCCGAGGCCUCAGCUCCUCCUAUUCAGGAAACGAUCUGCCGUACUGA